UAGAAGAGAGUUUUCGACCGUGGAAUUAUUUGUUAUGAAGUGAUUCCUGUGACUUUCUUUCUACAUGCAAGCUUUCAUCCCAAUACAAAUCCUACACAGAGUGAGCAAUAGAGAGAUCAUGGCCGAUAAUGAAAGUUCAAUACAGUCCGCCUCCACCCAAAGUGAGGUAGAUCAAUCCAUGUUACUUCGCAAACAAUCCUCGUUGCAGCCACUGCCAGUGAGCUCUGAACUUGAAGAAAUAUUAUCAAACACUGAAUUUACAUACUUUCAGCGUCUCCAAAGAGCAGUCUUCCUUGAGCUCAAAGCACUAUUUCUUCUAGCAGGGCCUGCUAUUGUGGUUUACUUGCUCAAUAAUGUAGUUUCCAUGUCUACGCAGAUCUUCUGCGGACAUCUUGGCAAUCUUCAGCUUGCUGCGGCCUCUCUUGGCAACACUGGAAUCCAAGUUUUCGCCUAUGGUCUUAUGCUAGGAAUGGGGAGUGCAGUGGAGACACUAUGUGGCCAAGCCUAUGGGGCACACAAGUAUGAGAUGCUCGGAGUUUAUCUACAGAGAUCAACGGUUCUUCUCACUGCAACUGGGAUACCAGUCACUCUCAUAUACAUCUUCUCCAAGCAAAUCUUGCUGGCUCUUGGUGAAUCAAAAGAAAUUGCAUCAGAAGCUGCACAUUUCGUCUAUGGUCUUGUGCCACAGAUAUUUGCAUAUGCUGCCAAUUUUCCAAUACAAAAGUUCUUACAGGCUCAGAGCAUUGUGUUCCCUAGCGCAUACAUUUCAGCAGGAACGCUAGUGGUGCAUCUCUUGCUAAGUUGGGUUGCUAUUUACAUAACGGGUUGGGGAUUGUUAGGUGCCUCGCUGGUUUUGAGCUUGUCAUGGUGGAUUUUAGUGGCGGGACAGUUUAUGUACAUUUUGGUUAGCCCAAAGUGCAAGCGAACAUGGAUUGGAUUCACUUGGCAAGCCUUCUCUGGUCUGUGGGGUUUCUCGAAAUUGUCCGCUGCAUCAGCUGUGAUGUUGUGCCUUGAGACUUGGUACUACCAAGUUAUAGUUUUGUUUGCUGGGCUGCUCAAAAAUGCUGAAAUUGUCUUGGACUCCCUCGCCAUAUGCAUGACUAUAUCUGGGUGGGUGUUCAUGAUUUCAGUGGGUUUCAAUGCAGCUGCAAGUGUGAGGGUAAGCAAUGAGCUAGGAGCUGAACACCCCAAAUCAGCAUCAUUUGCUGUUGCGAUAGUGACUUUAAGCUCCUCAAUUAUCUCUUUGAUCAUUGCUAUUCUUGUGCUUUUACUGCGAAAUUACUUAAGCUAUAUCUUCACUAGCGGUACAACAGUAGCCCAAGCUGUAGCUGACCUCUCUCCUUACCUUGCCCUCUCUAUCUUACUAAACGGAAUCCAACCUGUCUUAUCAGGGGUGGCUGUUGGGUGUGGAUGGCAAGCCUUUGUAGCAUACGUUAACGUUGGAUGUUACUAUCUCAUCGGUAUACCAUUAGGUUACGUUCUUGGCUUCACUUUCGACUUGGGAGCAAAGGGAAUAUGGUCCGGAAUGUUAGGGGGCACUAUCAUACAAACUCUCAUUUUAUUAUGGGUUACAUAUGGAACCGAUUGGAAUAAAGAGGUUGAGAAAGCACAACAUCUUUUGGAAAGAUGGGAUGAUAUUACAGAGCCACUUUUGAAGGAUGACACGAUCAAAAACUAG